AUGUUGUUCAAUCACAAGCUCAGAUCACCAUCCUCCCGGUGCCUCCUCUUCUGCUGCUUCGUCGUCGGGCAUGCCGCCGCCUACCACGAGGCCACCUCCUUGGACUGUGACGAUGGCUACCGUCGCAGGGCAGCUCGACCGCCCUGCUCGUGGCUCCGCUCCACGGCCCAGGAGCUCCCGCUGCCGGAUAUCCGGCACAGGUGCCGCAGACUCAUUGCUCGGAUAGGGAGGUGCUGGUGGGGGCAGGGCCACGUUGCCGGGGCCUUGGAGUUUGGGUACGAUCCCAUGAGCUAUGCGCUCAACUUCGAGGACGAUCAGAGUCGGGAUUCGGACGAGGAGUUCCCGGCAAGGAACUUCUCGGGAAGGCUGCCGGUGUCUCCGGAUCUGAUGUUGCCGGCGAAGAUGCCGAGGGAAGUCGUAGCAUUUAGUUGA